AUGCUUCUUCCAGGCCAAGAUUUCAAAGUCAUAACAGUCAUCAACACCCAUGGUUCACUAUGGAUCCAUCCCGCCUCUCGUGCUUCGCCAACUGUUCAAAGUCAAUCACAGGCUAAACAAUGCAAAAUCUCACCAACAGCCACUGCAAUUGAAGAUAUCCAUCAGGUCAUUGGAGGGUCGAAGUCGCAGACGGACGUUUUGUUGGGAAUGCUACAUUCUCACUACUAUCAGUUGGGCAUCAGCCCCGCACCGGAAGACGCUCACUUAUUCUGCAGCGGCAGUUUUGGUGGAGCCGCAAUUGAAGCAAGGCAGGCCUGGUUGGUUUUGUUUUCUCCUGGGAAGAAUGCGUCUCCCGAACCAUGGACCCUUGCUGGUGGUAUCGGAAUGCCUCAUUUUGUGCCUCGGAAACUACGACGACCCUAUGAUCUUGAUGAUAUUUCGAUUCUCGAAGCCCAAAUCAAAAAAGAGAUUGGAGCCGCAUAUAAUUCCAGUUUACGGAAGAACAGCCCUUCGGUCGCUAUUGACCAGAGUGCUGACUCUGCACCAAGUAUAACAUCACCGUUCGAUGAAAUCUUUGUCAACCACAAGGGCCACGGUCUCUUGCACUUUGCUGCUGCCCAGGGAAACCUGGAAGCGCUGAAGUACAUGAUUGAGACAUAUUUAUGUGACAUUGAUAUUCCGAAUAAAUCACUCUCAGAAUCGCCUCUUGUAUGUGCUUGUCGCAGUGGCCAUUUUGACUGUGCCAUGUUUCUCCUCGAGCAUGGUGCCAAGGGUGACUCAACAGAAUUUGGUGAAGAAACGCCCUUGCACUGGCUUUCCAGCUUCACUCCUGACCAAAUGCCAUUCCUUGUGAAAGGACUUCUAGGUGCUGGUGCAAUCAUAGAGCAUGCAUGUAGAACAAUGCGAAAGGACGUCAGAAUGAUCAAUGCAGAUUGGGAAGAUAAUUUUGGCACCCAAAACACCCCGCUAGGGAGAGCAGUGCUUAUGAGAAGCCUUCCUGCUGUAAAAGUCCUGCUCGAGUUUGGUGCGAACCCACUGGCGAAGGUGGGACAUGAAACGGGCAUUACAGUAAAAUCUCCUAUUGAACUGGCGGCUGUUCUCACUCUUCCCCAUAUAUUGGAAGCCAUGCUAAUAGCUGACGACAAUGCACCUACUUUUACCAUGUAG